AUGGAAGCCUAUUUAUCUCUACUACAAUUUGUAUUUCUUAUAAUCUUAAUUGUUUUUCUUACUUUUGCUAUACUUCAUUUUAUUGUCUGUUUCAAAAAAGAAGAAGACAUAGAAAUAAAUCAAACUACAAAAAGAACUGCAAGUGUAACUUUAACUGAAAAAGAAACAACAUAUACUGUAACAUAUCAAACAGUUAGAACACCAACUCCUUUGCCGAAGGGAAUCACAUGUACUUGGAAGCCUUCUGUGAAAACUAUAGCUAUUACACAUUAUUAUGAAGGUAAUCAAUCUCCAACAAUACACACAAAAGAUAUUUACAAAUCAAGUGACACGGCAACAAGUACAGGAAUACUUGUUAAAGAUAAAUCAUUAGAUGGUGAACUUGUGAAUGAUAUAGUCAAAGGGUUUCUCUUAGCUCUUGUGAAAUAUAAACCUCCUCAAGAUGUGACAUUUGGUUGCACUCUAACUAUUGUUGCUGAGAAAUGGACAUUGACAGCGGCAAGCUGCAUAGAAUCAAUAGAAGAGUUGGAUUCAUUAGAUUCAUUUGUUAUGAUGAAAGGGCUUGGAGAAGGAGGUCAAGGCAGACUCCAUGCUGUGUCAGAUAUCAUGAUGCAUCCACUGUAUCAGGGUGUGAAUAAAAGUUACGAUUUAGCUGCAAUUAAAUCAGAAGAUGAUCUUGUUAAAGUAGGAAAUAUAUUUGUGACACUGCCGACUUUAGUAGACUAUCUAACAGUUACAAUUGGGGAUAAAAUGGAUCUCCUUGGUUUUGGAAAAUUUAGAAACAUAGACAAGAAUGCUCUGGUGCGAAACAUCCGUCAGGUCUCAGUGUACAAGCUUCCAAUAAAACAUUGUCCCAACGACACCGCCACCUGGUCGCCGCGACACCUGGUGGGCGGGGAAGCCAUUUCUCGGGGCUCCUGCGGGAAAGUUCCUUUAUGCGCUGGCGUCGUAGAGAACCGCAACACUCCCUGCAACUACUGCGCGGGGGCUCCCCUGCUGUACCGCAAUGUACUGCUAGGUGUAAUGAGCGACAACCCGCACUGUGGACUCGCGUGCGAUCCGGCUUUGUACGUUAAUAUAGCAGCGGGGUUGGUGACUUGCUCUGUACUGAUGGCGGUGUUCGUGGCGGGCACCUUGGGCGUGUCCGUGUUGCAGUUCGUGACGGCCGCCAGCGCUAGGGAGGAGCCCCAAGAUGUGACUAAUAUUUAU